AUGGCUACACAUCCAAUAGUCAUCUCUAUCACGGCAGAUGGGGAUUCUAUUGAUGCAGCUUGGAAUGAAGUCAAACCAAUCGCCGAGUCACUACCCAAGCCUGGCAACAGUACUUUCGCGCGUUUCUUUCCUACGGAUGCCUGUGCCACACCUAUACUCAGAAUGCGCGGAGAAUACCCUCAUAAGUCAUAUCUAGAAGCGAACCCGGACCCUUCGCCGUCUGUGAUAUCGAAAGCUAUGAGAGGAGGAUAUGUUUAUUUUCCAGGAUCUACACCUAUCGGUCGAACAUUCACAAUACUUAGGCCGUUAUAUGUUUUAGGGAGGGUAACUGUUGGAGGAGAGACUGUCAAUCAAACCAACUACUAUUAUGUGCUGGAAGAAACACAGAUUAUUGUCCCAGCUGGGGGAAAGCUCGUGGCUUUGAUCUUAUCGGAUAUUCAAUGA